AUGUCCAAUGUCGAAGCGUCCAAGCUUUACGAGACCAUCAUAGAUGAAGUCAUCAAUGAUUCCCGUCAGGACUUUGAAGACCUGGGUAUUGACGAGACCGUUUUACAAGAGUUGCGUCGCAUCUGGUGCGAGAAGUUAAGUCAAACCCAUGUGGCCCACUUUCUGUGGGAUGAUGAUAUUCACAACGGCCAACAAAUGCAGGGCCACAUUGGAAAUAUGAACUAUCAAGCUCCACAUGGAAUGAUACCGCCGCCACCUCACAUGGGCCUGGGGCUCGAGAUUCCCGGGAACGAUACCCAAUUUCUGUAUCAAGGCCAAGGAAGUUUGGGACUUGAGAUUCCUAACUUAGGUGGUUCAAUAGGGUCGCAGGACGUUGAUAACUCUACAGGACGCAUCAAUCAAACCGAUGGAACGUUUGAAUUGACAAUGGAGCUGGAACACGCGUCAAACAUGUUGGCAAAAUGGAAGAAGUUGGCCGCCGAGCAAGAAGCGAAAAAAGUCCAGGAACUGGAUAUAAUAAGACAGGCUGACGGCACGCUUGAAGAGGAAGAGGAGCUCUUCAACGAGUCUGACGAUAUCAACUCUGAUUUAGACGACGGCUUGGAGCUGGAAAAGAGUGACGACGAGGACGGCGAUGCAGAGGGCCAGAUUAUGCUUUGCUUGUACGACAGGGUUCAAAGAGUGAAGAACAAGUGGAAGUGCAACUUGAAAGAAGGGAUUGCCAACAUUGAUGGCAAGGACUACGUUUUCCAGAAGGCUACAGGUGAACUGGAAUGGUAG